AGUACGGAGUACACGGCACACAACUGAAAAAGGAGGUGGUGAGAGAAGGAAGGGAAGUACGAACGUGAUAGCAUAGCUGCCACACACGCUGGUCGCCUGUGUUCUGCAGCUUUCCUUCCACAUGACUGCCAUAAAUCCCCCUGAUGAUGCCAGCCACCUCAGCGUGGUGUCAGGGUCCAGUACCCACUAAGUGGGGAAGCCAAGAAUCUGCAGCUUGUCCGCGUGUCCAAUUACGGGCUUAUUGGCUCGGCGGACAGGUCUGGGUCGUGCAUAUGCGGAAGAGACUUGCAGCAGGUCACAUGUUCGAUACAGCUCACAAAAACGCGUAUCUACGGGUUACGCAAACCCUGCGAUGGACUGCUGAAGUUAUUUUCCUACUACGCCGUGGUGAUGUUGAGCGCAACCCUGACUCGCCACAGGGUUUGUGCAGUUUAACGGAGGGGACCAUUUCGUGGGGAGUAAUAGUAAUAUCCUUCGUGCUUGGACGGAAAUGA